CCGCUGCCCUGUUUCUGAGGACGCCGCUUCAACGACGCCUGAAGGAGCGUCAUGUUGCCAUGAUCAACAUCGGAGGCGUUGUUGGUACGGGAUUAUUUCUAGGCACUGCGACGGCAUUGAUGGAAGGUGGCCCUGUGGGACUUCUAUUCGGGUAUACUUUCAUGGGAACAACGUGCUACUGUGUUAUGAUAACCGUCGGGGAAAUGAUUACUCUCCUUCCCAUUGCAGGCGGUCACGUCAGACUUGCGGAAAGAUUUGUCGAUCCAGCCUUCUCUUUUGCGAUGGGUUGGAAUUGUUGGUACUGUUGGACGUUUACGAUGCCUGGUGAGUAUGACCCUGAAGUCCUCUCAGAUUCAACCCAUUUUACACUUGGUGAAGCUGAGUUAUCGGCUGCUGCUACUCUCGUUGAGUAUUGGAAUAUCGAAGUUAACAGUGCGGUGUGGAUCACCGUGUGUCUGGUAUUUGCUGUUGGAAUCAAUCUUUUCAGCGUUGGGACCUACGGAGAAAUGGAAUUUAUUUUCGCGUCCAUCAAAGUCAUCACGAUAACAGGGCUCCUCAUCCUUGGUAUUGUGCUUGACCUCGGAGGUGGCCCGAGUCAUGAUCGUAUUGGGUUCCGGUACUGGAAGAAUCCCGGACCCUUUGUACAGUUCGAUGGGAUAGCUGGAGCUAAGGGGCAGUUUCUAGGAUUUGUUCGUGUACUCAUCCAGGCUGCCUUUUCUUUCAUUGGAACCGAGGUUGUCACUAUGGCAGCUGCAGAGGCGAAGAACCCUCGAUACACCAUGCCGCGAGCGAUACGGACAGUAUACAUCCGAAUUUUCCUAUUUUACGUCGGGAGCAUCUUCGUCAUCGGGUUGCUUGUCCCUUCCAACAACCCUCUUUUGAAUCUUAACUCUUCCGAUGCCUCGUCAUCCCCAUUCGUGAUCGCUAUUAAUCAGGCUGGGGUUAGAUAUCUGCCUUCGAUUUUGAACGCACUCAUCCUAACUUCUGCUUGGUCCGCCUCUUCAAGCGACUUAUAUUUAUCAUCGAGGGGAUUAUACGGCCUUGCUGCUACUGGGAAUGCUCCCAAGUUUUUCUUGCGCACGUCACGUUCAGGCCAUCCAUACGUGGCCGUCAUUUUUUGCUCCUUGUUUUUCCUUCUGUCAUACAUGGUUGUGAACACCAGCUCCGGCAUCGUUCUUACCUGGUUUGCAGACAUGACUGCUACCACGGGUCUCUUAACGUGGUUCUGUGUUGGGGUAACCUAUGUCAGGUUCCACCGGGGAUUAUUGGCGCAAGGGUAUGACAGGAAAUGUUUACCAUAUUCCUCGAGACUCCAGCCAUAUGCAUCGUGGUGGGUCAUUGCUUCGUCGCUGGUAACUCUCCUGUUCAGCGGAUGGCAAGUCUUUUUGAAAGCGAAUUGGUCUCGUACGACGUUCGUGACGACCUAUUUGCCUAUCGUACUGUUUUCGGUAUUGUAUGCAUCUGCGAAAUUUGUGAUGCGGGUGCCCCUGGUAAAACCGAGCGAGAUGGAUUUCAAGUCCGGGACAGAGAAUUUAGAUGUCGAGAGAUCUAAAGAACCCUCGCCGAAAAAUUGGAAGGAGGCGAUCUGGAUGAGUUUGCUAGCGCUGCUGCAGUCGGGUCCAUUAUUCAUCUUGCGGAGAUACUAG